AUGGCCUCCUCAACUCCGCCACCGCACUGUUCACUCACCGCCACCAAACCCUACCAGAACCACCAUUUCCACCACCUCCAGAACCACCGCCACCACCAGGGCAGCUCCUCCCGUCAAAACCAUAACUGGACCCCGCAAAAGGUCUCCUUAAACACCCACGUUUCUCAUGCCGCCGCCCCAAGGCCUCCUCCACCCUCCGCCGCAGCCGCCGCGGCGGUUGUUAGCCCUAACUAUUCCUGCCUCUCCGCCGCAGAUUUCUCUGGCCGCCGUUCCACGAGAUUUGUGUCGAAAAUGCACUUCGGCCGCCCUAGAUCCACUGCCUCCGGCCGCCGCUCCGCUGCUGCCGAGGAAGCUCUCCACCAGGCCAUAACCUGCGGCGGAGAGGUAACUUGUAUUGAUAAUAUUUUACUCAGUUUCGGGUCGAAGCUUUGUGCGUCUGAUGAUUAUACAUUUUUGCUGCGGGAGCUGGGGAAUAGAGGGGAUUGGUUGAAGGCUAUGCAAUGUUUCGAAUUCGCAAUUCGUCGCGAAAAGAGAAGAAACGAGCUGGGGAAAUUGGCCAGCUCAAUGAUUAGUACCCUCGGUAGAUUAGGCAAAGUCGAUUUAGCCAAGAAAGUCUUCGAGAAUGCUGUUAAUGAGGGCUAUGGCAAUACAGUUUAUGCAUAUUCAGCUUUGAUUAGUGCUUACGCAAAGAGUGGAUACUGUGACGAGGCUAUUGAACUUUUCGAGAGUAUGAAAUACACGGGCUUGAAGCCAAAUUUAGUGACUUAUAAUGCUUUGAUUGAUGCAUGUAGCAAAGGGGGUGCAGAUUAUAGGAGGGCUUUGGAUAUUUUCGAUGAGAUGUUACAAAAUGGGGUGCAGCCAGAUAGGAUUACCUACAAUUCUCUCCUCGCAGUUUGUAGUGGUGCAGGGUUGUGGGAUACUGCCCGCAAUCUGUUCGAUGAAAUGGUUUACAGAGGGAUUGAUCAAGAUAUUUAUACAUAUAAUACCCUUUUGGAUGCUGCGUGCAGUGGGGGGCAGAUGGACGUAGCUUUCGAGAUAAUGGCUGAGAUGCCCGCGAAGAAUGUUUUCCCUAACGAGGUAACAUACAGUACUAUGAUUCGUGGGUGUGCCAAGGUGGGGAGAUUGGACAGGGCGUUGAAUUUGUUCAACGAGAUGAAGUUUGCUGGUAUUAAGUUAGACAGAGUGUCUUACAAUACUUUGCUUGGUAUUUAUGCUAGUCUUGGCAGAUUCGACGAUGCUUUUGCUGUUGGUAAGGAAAUGGAGAGUAUCGGGAUCAAGAAGGACGUUGUCACUUACAACGCUCUGUUGGAUGGUUUCGGCAAACAAGGGAAGUACGACAAGGUUAAGGAACUAUUUACUGAGAUGAGAAAGGAGAAUCUCUACCCUAAUUUAUUGACUUACUCAACAUUAAUCAGUGUUUACUCUAAAGGAGGUUUGUACGAAGACGCAAUGGAGGUAUACAGAGAGUUCAAAAGACAAGGCCUUAAGGCGGAUGUUGUCUUCUACAGCAAACUUAUCGAUGCCUUGUGUAAGAAGGGUUUGGUGGAAUCGUCUGCACUGUUGCUCGAUGAGAUGAUGAGAGAAGGGAUCCAACCGAACGUUGUCACUUACAAUUCGAUUAUCAAUGCCUAUGGCCAAUCGGAAACUGUUGGCUAUUUGGAAUCUCGGAUGGAAUCUUCGAAACUGAUGAUUCUCCAAGAUGUUUCCGACAACAACACAGUCGAAGAGAAAGAUGAUGACAAAAUCGUGGAAGUUUUUAAGCAGUUAUCUUGUGGGAAAUCGGGUUAUGAAAAGCUUGACCAGAGGUGGAGAAAGGACUUUCGAUGUGUUUUGGGUGUUUUCCGAAAGAUGCAUGAGAUGGAAAUUAAGCCCAAUGUCGUUACUUUCUCGGCUAUUCUGAAUGCUUGCAGCCGUUGUAAUUCGUUUGAAGAAGCAUCGUUGCUACUGGAAGAGCUUCGCCUUUUCGAUAAUCAAGUGUAUGGAGUGGCACAUGGGCUUCUGAUGGGCCAUAGUGAGAACACUUGGUCGAAAGCUCUAUUGCUUUUUGAUGAGGUGAAGCGGAUGGACUCUUCUACAGCAUCCGCUUUCUACAAUGCUCUGACAGACAUGCUUUGGCACUUUGGCCAGAAGCGAGGCGCACAGCUAGUUGUGCUUGAAGGAAAACGGCGUGAAGUAUGGGAGAAUACUUGGUCCGAAUCUUGUCUGGAUUUACACCUCAUGUCUUCAGGUGCCGCACGGGCAAUGGUUCAUGCCUGGUUGCUCAAUAUACGCUCAAUUGUUUACGAAGGCCACGAGUUGCCAAAUCUGCUCAGUAUAUUAACUGGGUGGGGGAAGCACAGCAAGAUAGUAGGUGAUGGUGCACUAAAAAGGACAAUCGAAGCUCUGCUAAUAAGCAUCGGUGCACCGUUUAAAAUUGCAAAGUGCAACAUCGGAAGAUUUAUAUCAACAGGGUCCGUUGUCACUGCCUGGUUGAGAGAAUCGGGCUCGUUAAAAGUGCUGGUUCUUCAGGAUGACAGAACUCACACAGGCACCAUUAGCAGCAGCUCCACAAGGUUUGAUCGUAUCCCUAAUUUUCAACCAUUACCUUUGUAGUAAUCCAUGUAACUUAUUACUGUCAACAGUUUUCUUGUGUAACAUAUGUAAAUUAAACUCCCUCUCUCUUUCUCUCUCUCUCUCCAGACUCCAUGUCAUUUUUGUGCUCUGGUUCAAAAUAUUAUGUUUGGUGAUGAUGAAUCUUGUAUUGAAUUUCUCGACAUCGUAUUGUUUACUUUUGCCG